UUCUCCAGACGUGUCACUUCUGGGCGGGAAAUAAAUUUCUCUGCUAAAUCACUCGUCCGUUUAGAAAAAAUUUCAGAAACAAGAUGUUUCCUCUAUUGUUUUUGGCCUACGUUGUAGCCGUUAAGGUAUUCAAGAAGACCACCCCUAAUGGCAAAGUUACGGUGUAUCUGGGCAAGAGAGACUUCAUCGACCAUCUAGAUCACGUUGAUCCCAUCGACGGCGUCAUCGUCGUAGAGAAUGAUUACCUGCAGGGACGCAAAAUUUUUGGUCAGGUCUCGACAACGUACCGAUAUGGUCGCGAGGAAGACGAAGUCAUGGGAGUCAAGUUCAGCAAAGAGCUGGUGUUGUGUCGCGAUCAGGUUGUUCCAUUGAAGAAGGAGAAGCAGGAGACCACACCGAUUCAGGAACGCUUGCUGAAGCGUUUGGGUUCGAAUGCAUUCCCGUUCACGUUCCACUUUCCGCAGACUGCUCCGUGCUCGGUUACUCUUCAGCCUGGCGACGACGAUCAGGGAAAACCCUUGGGAGUUGAAUAUAUUGUGAAAGUAUUCGUCGCGGAUAGCGAAGAGGACAAGGGACACAAAAGGUCCUCUGUAGCGUUAGCCAUUAAGAAGCUACAAUAUGCUCCGUUGACGCGAGGUCGCCGACUUCCCAGCUCUUUGGUAUCUAAGGGAUUCACCUUCUCCCAAGGUAAAUUAAACUUGGAAGUUACACUGGACAGAGAGAUUUAUUACCACGGUGAGAAAGUUGCGGCGAACGUCACAGUUACAAAUAAUUCCCGAAAAGCGGUGAAAAACAUCAAGUUGUACGUGGUUCAACAUUGCGAGGUGACUAUGGUGAAUGCCCAAUUUUCGCGGCACGUGGCUAGCUUGGAGACUCGCGAGGGUUGUCCGAUCACACCUGGUGCAUCCUUCACGAAACAGUUCUAUCUUGUGCCUUUGGCCAGCAGCAACAAAGAUCGUCGUGGCAUCGCUCUCGACGGACAUCUUAAAGAUGACGACGUAAAUCUGGCAUCCUCGACUUUAGUCGCCGAAGGCAAGUGUCCGGCUGAAGCCUUGGGUAUCGUGAUUUCUUAUUCUAUCCGAGUUAAGCUGAAUUGCGGUACCCUGGCUGGCGAGCUGAUCACUGAUGUUCCAUUCAAAUUGAUGCAUCCAGCUCCUGGUGUCCUUGAGAAAGAAAAGGCCAUGCUGAAGAAGAGCAAGAGCAUUGAGAGAGCACGUUACGAGAACUCUUGCUAUGCCAACGAUGACGACGAUAAUAUAGUAUUCGAAGACUUUGCUCGUUUGCGUUUAAACGAACCAGAGUAAAUCAAAAGUCGCUUUGUCUCGCGACUGAUUACUUCAAAAGAAUCCGGAGCUUUCUGCUCAUAGUGGAUUAUUUUCUUUAUAUUUAAAUAACAAUUAAAAUUGAGAAAUAAAUUA